AUAGAGAGAGAGAGAGAGAGAGAGCUCCGAUCUUUCAGUUUGAUUUAACGAAAGCUUUUACGGCAAUCUAUAAGUGUGAUUUAUGAUUCAGGAAACGGAGAUAUAGGAGGUGAUGCAAAUGAACAUAUAAGGUUUUGGUGAUGGAGGUUUCAAAUUCGCAUGGAGGUGUGCGCCGGAGUAGAGAUAGUGAAGUUACGAGCUCCGGCAACGGUAAGAGAAGAAAAUUUGGUGCUCAGGAUCGGGAGGAUGUUUUUCAGCUUGAAUAUCAGUCUCGACGUGAUCGUGACGUGAAUUUGCAGGAGAAUAUUGUUUCGACGGCGGUAUCUGGUACUUCUGAUCAUGCUUCGCCUUUUAUGUGCUUUAGAAAUGACGAUUCCAGACCAGAUCUGAAGUCGCAGGCCGAGUGUAUUUCCGAAACUGAAGUCUUCAUGUCCAGCAACGACGGUUUCAGUGAAGAGACAAGUGUGUCUAGUGUGGUUUGCUUAGAAUCAGAAGAAAUGGAGUCGGUGUCCACGUCUACUCCUAAGAAGAAGAAUCCAGCACCGCCAAAUGAGGCCACUUCCCGUCGUAAACCAUCAGCAACGGCUAAGAUUCCUUCUGCAGCGGAGCUUGAAGAAUUUUUCUCCGAAGCGGAAAAGUACGAGAAGAAACGAUUCGCGGAAAAGUACAACUACGAUAUCGUGAAAGACGCUCCAAUGGAAGGAAGGUAUCAAUGGGUUCGGUUAAAGCCAUAAUGGUUGGAUCAGGGCGCUGGCUGGCAAAUUAAUUACGCUAAAUUAACUUGGAGGAGACGUCUUAACUAGUCCCUACUUCUGCAAAUUUGGAAUUCUAAUUUCUAUAUGACUAUUUUUCCCUUUUUUGGUUUCCGUAUAAUUUAGGUUUAUCUAUGUUGAUAGGACCAUCGAAUUUCUUUUACUGUAUGUAGAAGGAGGUCUCUUCUUUGUCUACUUCACCUCACCGUUAGAAGCUUCUUCUUCUGCAAC